GAUUUCAUUCCCCUCAAAAUUACGUAGGUAAAUCGUUGUAUUUGGCCAUCUUUCAGCAAGGAUCUGCGUUUGAUUAUAAUCAGAGCCCUUGAGAAGUGGCUUUUAAAAAGUAAGGGCUCAGUUUUCUCACUCACCGAGGCGCCCGGAGGUAGGAGCCGGCCCGGAAGGGCGCCCUGGGGGCUCUGGCCCCUUGUGCAGCCCCACUGGGUGUGCCCGUGUCACACACAGUCACGAGGUGCUGCCCCACGUGGGCACCGACGCCGGCCAACAGGAAGAACGCGGGAUGGGAAGGGCGAGGGUCAAGCCCGGCCCGGCAGGCAUCUGCCGGUUUUUAAGCAGCUUUCCCAGAGGCUCCACCCAACGACUCCUACUUCUGCUUCUGUCGCACGCCUGGUCACCCCCAACUGCAAGGGAAGCAGGAAGCCAGUGUGGUAUUUUUAGUUGUCUACACUUUGCUGGCAGGGCCUGGGGCUCUCUGGGCAGGAAACAGGUGAGAAAUUGGUGCCCGUGCCCACCACACCCGAGAGUCCCUGGCUCCGGGGAGGACAAAAGGCUGAUGCCACGAAGCAGGUGCCAGGCCUGCCUUCAGGACCCGAGGAGACGUCCACGCUGUCUCUGCAGGGUGGGGAGAGGCUCACCCGGAGCUCCGCGCAGUGCCAGCGCACGCGGGCCACCAUCGGUGCCCCGGAGACGGCCUGCUCGCGCGCCGGAGAGCCACACGGAAAGGCGGCUGGCUGCCCGGGAGCCCGGCGCACCCGGCACUGAUGCCCGCAGACGAAGACGCUCCUCGGGCAGCACUCGAACCCGGUGCAGUUUCUCCGUGAGCAUAAAAGGCUCAAGUUGGCAGAGGUGCAGAGACUCGCAGAGGGCGCUGUGUCCCCACAGGUCCCCUCCACGGACGCUAUUUCCACCAGGCAUUAUUCUCAAGAACUCCUCCAAGGAAGAGGCCUCGCUGCCUCUGUCGCCCGACCCCGGCCCAGGGCUGGCCGGCUCCCGGGAACCUGCCUCCAUCCUGUCCCGCCUACUCCCACCUGCGUGUCCUGGGCACCGGAAAAAUCUGCUAUCACGGCUUGUUGUCUGGAGUUCCGACUUGUGGGGGCCGCUGGCAUGGCCGUGGGGACAUUCUCGGAGCCUCGUCCGCCUCGGGGUGAGCAGCAGAGCCCCCACGGCGCAGAUGAAGAAACUGGGAGGGAGACCCAAGAUUGUCCAAAAUCACGGCCGCGUGGGCUCCAAGUGUCUUUCUCAGCCCCCUCCUUCAGCUACGUCGUUACUCAGGACCAGCCGCAUAGGACAGAGCCCCCACCCCUUUCCCCGCCAGGCCGGUGCUGGAACAAGAAGGGAAACACCCAGGGGCAGGAGGGCGUGGCCUUGGGGAUGAUCGCCCGGCCUCCGCCCUGUCUCUACUCUGUCCUCAGGCCUUGUUUUGCUUCUUUUCUCCCCUCCUCAAAGCUUGUGAGGCUGGGGGGGGGGGGGGUCUCUUCACCCUGGCCCUGUUUUAAUGCAUUCCCAGGAAAGGAUUGUGCUCGGCCUAGACCCAAGUGGGGCCGGAGCAGUGCCCCGAAGAGGAGGUGGUGAGGACACAGAUGACCAUGGAGCCAUGCUCAUAAGGAAAAUGAAGAAGGCUGGGAGGCGGGGGGGACUGUGACAAACAGCAGAGCCCACGCUGCACAUAAAGAAAAGAUUGUCCUGUUGGAAUGUAGGCUGAGUGCAGCCAGAGAUCCCAGUUUUUUAUUUUUUGAGAAAAGCAAGAAAUCCAGAUUUUUUAUGUUAAA